AUGGGAGCUUGUGUGUCGAGGAAGACUUCCAAAGAAGAACUAAGGAAAACAAUAAAAAGGAAAAGGGUAAUAGCUUUAGAAGGAAAGGAGACACUUUUAACUGCUGAACUGAGGAAUCAACUGAAGACUGUUUAUGGCCAAAACUCUCUGAGAUUAGCAAUGAUGAAAAUGACAGAAGUCCCAAAUAUUAUUUGGCAAGUAACUGAAAUAGAGAAACUAAACAUGUCACACAAUUUCCUGUUCAGCAUUAGCCCUGGUAUUGAGAAGCUUCAGAAUUUAGUCAUAUUGAAUUUAUUGAGGAAUCAGUUAACUGCCCUGCCGAAGGAAAUCGGAAUGCUGAGAAAGCUGAAGGUUUUAUUUGCUGACCAGAAUUGUCUCAAGGAAGUCCCACCCGAAUUGGGCCAGUGCAAGAAAUUGCAAGUACUGAGUCUCUCCCACAACAUGAUCUCAUCUCUCCCUGAGAACUUGGAAGAGCUAAAGAAACUGGAUAAGCUCAAUUUAAGCAACAAUCGAUUUGUCCAAUUACCCAUGUGCAUCUACGGGAUGAGAAGUUUAACUUUCCUAAACAUAGGCUGCAACAAGAUUGAAAGUAUUUCUGAAAGCGUUGGCCAACUGGAAAGCCUGAGGAUAUUUAUUGCUGAAGGAAACAGGCUUCGAUUUCUGCCUAAAUCUGUCUGUAUGAUGCAGCCCCUUAAACUGCUCAAUGUGAACUAUAAUGACAUUGAAAAUCUUCCCACAAAUCUUCCCAUGUUGACAGAGUUGGAAAGGAUAGCCUGCCAUUCACUAGAUACAGGGCUUCAUGUCAAAUGCAACCCAUUAUCCAAGCCACUGCCAGAUCUUGUAAAUGAGGGUAUUGAAUCUCUAUUUGAGUAUUUAAAGCCCAAAUGGGGCAACGAAUGA